AAAUAAACACUAGUAAGCAUCAGUAAUAAUUACAGCAAGCAGAAUACUGUGACAGGAAGCACGAGCCUUCACCAAGAUGUCUAGGAUAAUGAAGACAAAUCUGUUGCUGCUCCAUUUGUGUUGUUAUUUUAGUGUUGGGAGCUGUGGGAAAGUGCUGGUGUGGCCCAUGGAUUAUAGCCCCUGGUUGAAUAUAAAGGUGAUCCUCACUGAACUUGUACAGCGGGGACAUGAGGUGACAGUUCUCAAACCUUCAUCUUCUGUUUUUCUUAAUCUCAAUAGUCCAUCUGAUAUGAAAUUUGAAACCUUUCCUACAUCUUCCAACACAGAAGAAAUAAAGAUUUUUUUUGAACGAAUGCUUGAUUCCUGGAUAUAUACUGUACCAAAGGACACCUACUGGAAACAUUUUCCACAGCUGCAAGUCAUAUACUGGCGGUUUUCUGAUGUUUAUUAUGACAUUACUAAAAAUGCAGUUCUGAACAAGACACUUCUGACAAAAUUACAAGACUCAAAGUUUGACGUCCUUCUUGCAGAUGCCAUCUUUCCUGGUGGGGACCUGAUGGCUGAAUUACUGAAAAUUCCUUUCGUGUACACCGUCCGCUUCACUCCUGGCUACACAUAUGAAAAGUACAAUGGAGGCCUUCUGUUUCCUCCUUCUUAUGUACCUAUUAUUUUCUCAAGACUAAGCGGUCAAAUGACUUUUAUGGAGAGGGUGAAAAAUAUGCUGCACUUGCUGUAUUUUGACUUCUGGUUUCAGACAUUUAAUGAGAAGAAGUGGAGUCAGUUUUACAGUGAAAUUUUAGGGAGACCCACUACAUUAUCACAGAGUAUGGCAAAAGCAGAAAUGUGGCUCAUUCGAUCCUACUGGGAUCUGGAAUUUCCUCGGCCCACCUUGCCAAAUACUGAGUUUGUUGGUGGGUUAUUUGGAGAUACAGUGGCAAGACACCUGAUACUUUACAACCCAAUACUCAACUGCAUGACUGGAUCCCCCAGAAUGACCUACUCGGUCAUCCCAAAACCAAAGCUUUUGUAACUCAUGGAGGAGCCAAUGGCAUCUACGAUGCCAUCAACCACGGGGUCCCUAUGGUGGGCAUUCCUUUGUUUGGGGAACAACAUGAUAACAUAGCUCACAUGGAAGCCAAAGGAGCAGCUGUUGCAUUGGAUUUCAAGACAAUGUCAACUGCAGAUUUGGUCAAUGCACUAAAGGAAGUCAUGAACAACCCUUCCUUUAAAGAGAAUGUCAUGAGGUUAUCGACCAUUCACCAUGACCAGCCAGUGAAGCCCCUGGACCGAGCAGUCUUCUGGAUAGAGUUUGUCAUGCGUCACAAAGAGGCCAAGCACCUGCGGCCACUCGCCCAGAACCUCACCUGGUACCAGUACCACUCUUUGGAUGUCAUUGGCUUCCUGAUGGCUUGUGUGGUGACCGUUACUCUCCUUGUCACAAAAUGUUGCUUGUUUUGUUAUCAGAAGAUUGUUAAGAUAGGAAAGAAGAAGAAGGAGUAGAGCUGGUUGAGAUCUAUAAGUGGUAGGCAUGCAGGGCCAGAUUACUGUGCUUUAACUUACCAUUUAGGAUAAAGGUGUGGGGAGAUGGUUCUCAACAUUUUACAAUACUGUUUCUUUCCUGAUCUGCUAUUUUAUUUCAGUGAAACAUUAAAGAGUGUUCAAUUCUAAUUUCAUAAUUCCUGAAAUAAUUCCACUUUGGUGUUUGCUUAUACAUUUUAUCAUACCUCUUAAGAAUUCACAUUUAUUAAAACCUCUGUUUGAAAAGAAUGAAGAUUCAUUUGCAUUUUCAAAAAUAGUGUUUCAUUAAAUAAAGUGGUAACAGAUGCACUGUUAUUGAUCUGUAAAGUUAAUGAGAAGGAAAUUAGUUAAAAUUAGCAAGAUCAACGGAGACUGACGUGGAAAAGACAAACUUCAGUUUCAACUAAGGUCAAAUUAUACUCAGGCAAAUGUGACUGAAGUUUUUGUAAAACUUAAGGAAAUCAUAGGGCCUGUGUUGAUGUCCUCAUGUACUAGGACAUGUGUUGAUGUGCUCAUGCACUAGGACGGUGGGCAGGAUUAUAGAAGAUCGGCACCAACCUGGGCAACCAUGGAAGACUCUGUCUUAGAGAAAGGAAAGGGAAAGAAGAUUUAUAAUGUUCAAUGUAUGGGUACCAAAUACCGAAAAGGAACGUAAAAUAUUUACCUUCAACAUAAGUAAAGAGUAAGAAGAAAAAGAAAAAGAAAAUGGAGUAAGGAAAUUUAGAGACAGAGAAAGGGACAUAAGUGGGAAGGUAGAAGGAGGUUAGUAAAAAAUGUACAAGCUGUGGCAUAUUCAUGGACCUAAUCCUCAAGUUGAAACUAAAUGCAUGUAUUGCAUACAUGUACUACAAAAAUUAAAAUGAAAAUUAAACAAAGAGAAAAGGUAGAAAAUGUAGCUCAGUGGUAGAGUAUCUAAACUGUGCACACCCUUAUAUUGAAUUCCUAUCUGUAAUUGUGUAACUUUGUGAUAUCUUUGUGUAGAAAAAAAGGUGUCUUCUAAACAAUCUUAAAUAUUCACAAGUUAAUAUUCUGGACUUAGAAAUUCUAAAAAUUUUGUAUGAAAAGGAAAAUAAAUGUUUACAACUUUGAAAAUGUGCAUAAUAUUUUGUAUGGGUUGUAAAAUUUUACUUUUCCAAAAAUGGUAAGAAUCAUUUAUUACACAGGAGUAUUGGGAUAAUUAUUACCACUAUCUAAACUUUUAAAAAUGGAUGAGGAUACCUUUCAUAUAAAGUACAUUUUUAAAUUAUUGAAAUAUUGAUUAUCAUACAUUUGGAUUUUGUACAAAUCCAUUCAAUGAUGUUUAGUGUGCUGUUGCUCUUUCAUGAUGGAGCAAAAUCUUCCUUCAUAGAAGAUGAAUGACUGUGCAGGGCUGUGGAAGAAGGGGUGUUGUAGUGGCGUUUUCAGGGUUCACUUUUCAGAAACAUGAUAGAAGAAAAUGCCAAUGUGACUGUUUCAGCCCACUCUGGGAGCCCAUGAAAGAUUAUAGAAAUUGUCUUAGAGGUGAGCAAACACUGAUUGAGUUUCUUUAACUGAGAAGUGUUUGAUUAUAGAUAUUUAUCCUGGGACAGGUAAACUACUAUAAUAGUAGUAAUUUAUCUCAGGUAAAAAUUAAUGAGUACACAUAACAGAUGAAAAAAGCACAGAUAUAUUUUUGAUUUAUGGUAUCAUUGGUGUGAAUACUGCAAUAACAAAGAAAUAUUUUUAACAUGUAUGUGUUACAUUUUGGCUUUACUGUUUCGCUUUGAGCAAUAAAACCCAGAAAUAAUACA